AUGCUCGCCCAGCGCAGCUUUGCCCCCGCUUCAAGGGCCCGCAGCGUCAGCGUCGUGGCCAAGCAGCAGAAUGUCUCCGUGCCCCAGGCUGCGGUGACGAUCGCCGCGUCCUUUGUGCUCGCUGCAUCUCCCGCGUUCGCGGGCGUGGUGCUGGAGCAGCCGCAGCUGAAGAAGGUCUUCCAGGCGGAGUCGACCCCUGCUGCAGCUCCCUCGGCGCCCAAGGCCAAGGCGGCGGCGGCCCCGGCCGCGCCCAAGGAGAAGAAGGCUGCGGUGGCGGAGACCAGCGACGGCGGCAUCACCCCGCAGUCCAUUGCGCUGCCUGCGGCCCUGAUCUUCGUGGGUGGUGGCGCCUUUGCCCUGACUACCCUGGACUCGGGCUUUGCUGAGUUCAUGCGGACCGCCGCCGUCAAGGACUCUUCCGAGGACGGCGCCGGCUACGAGACCGACCUCAAGGCGCUGGUGGGUGCCAAGCCCAAGAAGGCCGGGACCUCCAAGACCGGCACUGCAAAGGUCAAGAAGGCGGCGUCAACCAAGGGCAAGUCCGCGGCAGCCAGCCCCCUGAGCAGCCUCUUCGGCGACAAGUGA